GAACCAACGUCAAAACUCUCCCAAACUCGUUUGUUUGUUCUGCGCUGCUGCGCGCAGGUGAAGCUUUGCGCCGGAAGUUUCCUAGCCGUUUUCCGAUGGCCAAGCAGGUUCAAAACACGGGAAAGUACAUCGCGGAGCGAACCGAUGGGGACGACACGAACGAAAUCGGCUAUCGCCAGUCGAAGGAGAACGAUAAAAUCGACUUGAAGUAUGGGUUCGAGCGGGUUAAGGACACCCAGGAGCGGACCGGCUACCUGGUCAACAUGCACUCGACCGAAAUCCUGAACCAGGACCGGCGGCUGGUGGCCGCGCUCGAUCUGUACUUUCUGCAGAUGGACGGAACGCGGUACAAGAUGACGGUGGUGUUUGCGCCGUACCUGCUGUUGAUCACGCGCGAGGGUCACGCCCUGGAGGUGGCAAAGUUUCUGGCGAAAAAGUACUCCGGCCAGCUGCUGCGCUGCGAGCACGUCCAGAAGGAGGAUCUGGACCUGCCGAAUCAUUUGAGCGGGUUGAAGCAGAAUCUGCUCAAGCUGACGUUCGCUAACACGGGCCAGAUGCAGAAGGUCAGGAAGGAUCUGGCGGCGGCGGUGAGGAAGAACAAGGAACGGGACAAGGCCAACACGUACUACAUGCAGAUGUUGAGCAGUUCGCUGGCGGUGGGUGGCGAGGAGGGGGAAGGUUCGGCGGUGGCCGGUGGUCAGAAUCAGGACUUUUACGAGAGCAUCAUGGACAUGCGGGAGCACGACGUUCCGUACCACGUGCGGGUGUCGAUCGAUUUGAACAUCUUCUGCGGGUUGUGGUACACGAUGCGGUGUCGAGGGGGUGAUGAACCGCCGGUUGUUACGCCGCGGCCGGAUAUUUUGGACCGGCCGGAGCCGGUCGUGCUGGCGUUCGAUAUCGAAACCACAAAGUUGCCGCUGAAGUUCCCGGACGCGCAAACCGAUCAGAUCAUGAUGAUCUCGUACAUGAUCGAUGGUCAGGGGUAUUUGAUCACGAACCGGGAGAUCAUCAGCGCCGACGUGGAGGACUUUGAGUACACGCCCAAGCCGGAGUUCGAGGGACAGUUUAUAGUGUUCAACGAGCCGAAUGAGAUGGGCCUGAUUCAGCGAUUCUUCGAUCACAUCCUGGACGUGAAGCCGCACAUCUUUGUAACCUACAACGGAGACUUUUUCGAUUGGCCGUUCGUGGAGACCCGUGCGGCAGUAUACGAUCUGGACAUGAAGCGAGAGAUUGGCUUCUCCAAGACGAACGCUCGCGAUGGGAAUUAUCUUUGUCGUCCGGCCAUGCACAUGGAUUGCCUGUGCUGGGUCAAACGUGACUCGUAUCUCCCGGUGGGAUCGCAAGGUUUGAAAGCCGUCGCCAAGAGCAAACUCCGGUACGACCCGGUCGAACUCGAACCCGAGGACAUGUGUCGAAUGGCCGUUGAGCAGCCCCAAGUCCUGUCCAAUUACUCCGUCUCGGACGCCGUUGCCACCUACUAUCUCUACAUGAAGUACGUCCACCCGUUCAUUUUCGCCUUAGCCACCAUCAUCCCGAUGGAACCGGACGAAAUCCUGCGCAAAGGUUCCGGAACCCUCUGCGAAUCACUCCUCAUGAAGGAGGCCUUCCACGUCAACAUCGUCUACCCGAACAAACAAGUCUCCGAGCUGAACAAACUAACCCCCGACGGCCACGUCCUGGACAUGGAAACGUACGUCGGAGGUCACGUCGAAGCGCUGGAAUCCGGAGUCUUCCGCGCGGACAUUGCCACCCGCUUCCGCCUUGAUCAAGGCAUGCUCAAGCAACUCCAAGGCAACGUCGCCAAAGUCCUCGAACACGCCAUCGUCACCGAAGAGGGCGUCCCCCUCGAUCAGGUCACCAACCUGGAAGAAGUCACCGAACAAAUCAAGGCCGCUCUCCAGCAACUCCACGACACCCCGACCCGCAUCGAACAGCCCGUCAUCUACCAUCUGGACGUCGGCGCCAUGUACCCCAACAUCAUCCUCACGAACCGCCUCCAACCCUCGUCCAUGAUCUCCGAAACCGACUGCGCCGCGUGCGACUUCAACAAGCCGGACGCCCGCUGCAAACGCGACAUGGAGUGGAUGUGGCGCGGAGAAAUGCUCCCGGCGACCCGCAACGAGUUCCAGCGCAUCCAACAACAACUCGAAACGGAAAAGUUCCCCCCACUCUUCCCCGGCGGACCGCCCCGCGCCUUCCACGAACUCUCCAAAGAGGACCAGGCCAACUACGAGAAGAAACGCCUCAGCGAUUACUGCCGCAAGGCGUACAAAAAGACCAAAAUCACCAAGCUGGAAACGCGCACCUCCACCAUCUGCCAAAAGGAGAACAGCUUCUACGUGGACACGGUGCGGGCGUUCCGCGACCGUCGCUACGAGUACAAAGCGCUGACGAAGGUCGCCAAGGCGUCCGUUUCGGCGGCGCUCAAGAGUGGCGAUGCCGGGGAGAUCAAGGCCGCGAAAGGGCGCGAGGUGCUGUACGAUUCGCUGCAGCUGGCGCACAAGUGUAUUCUGAACUCGUUCUACGGGUACGUGAUGCGGAAGGGUGCCCGCUGGCACAGCAUGUCGAUGGCGGGGAUAGUGUGCUUGACGGGGGCGAACAUCAUUACGAAGGCGAGGGAGAUUAUCGAGCGCGUUGGGCGGCCGCUGGAGCUGGACACGGAUGGUAUCUGGUGCAUCCUGCCAGCCUCCUUCCCGCAAGAGUUCACCGUCCUCACACAGCACCCGAAAAAGGGCAAGCUGAACGUGUCGUAUCCGAACGCCGUCCUAAACACCAUGGUCAAGGACCACUUUACCAACGAACAGUACCACGUGCUCGAGAAACCCUACAAGGACGGUUCCCCCGCGGAGUACUCCAUCCAACCGGAGAACUCGAUCUUCUUCGAGGUGGACGGCCCCUACCUGGCGAUGGUCCUGCCGGCGGCCAAGGAGGAAGGCAAAAAGCUGAAGAAACGCUACGCCGUGUUCAACUUUGACGGCUCACUGGCCGAGUUGAAGGGAUUCGAGGUGAAGCGCCGCGGAGAGCUGCAGCUGAUCAAGAUCUUCCAGAGUUCGGUGUUCGAGGCGUUCCUGCAGGGGUCGACGCUGGAGCAGUGUUACGCCUCGGUGGCGAAGAUCGCCGACUACUGGCUGGACGUGCUGUACAGCAAGGGCCACAACAUGCCGGACAGCGAGCUGUUUGAGCUGAUCAGCGAGAACCGGUCGAUGUCGCGCAAGUUGGAGGAUUACGGCGCGCAAAAGUCGACGUCGAUCUCGACGGCGAAACGACUGGCGGAGUUUUUGGGUGAUCAGAUGGUGAAGGAUGCGGGGUUGGCUUGUAAGUUUAUAAUUUCGAGGAAGCCGGACGGGGCCCCGGUUACCGAGCGGGCAAUUCCGUUGGCGAUCUUCCAGUCGGAACCGAGCGUGAGGCGGCAUUAUCUGCGUCGGUGGCUCAAGGACAAUACGAUGGGCGACGCGGACAUUCGGGACGUGCUCGAUUGGCAGUACUACAUCGAGCGGUUGGGAGGAACCAUCCAGAAGAUCAUCACGAUUCCGGCGGCGCUGCAGGGAUUGAACAAUCCAGUGCCGCGCGUUCAACACCCGGAUUGGCUGCACAAAAAGAUGCUCGAGAAGAACGACACGCUGAAGCAGCGCCGCAUCAGCGAGAUGUUUGUGGCCAAGGAGAAACCCGCGAUGGCGGACAUUGAAGAUCUCGGACGGGGUCCACGCUCGCCGAGUGUGGGACUGCCGAUCGUCAACUCGAAGCGUCGCAGGGUUCCUUCGAGCGAAGAGCCACAACCCAGCCAGGAGGCAGCGGCCAAAACUUGGAAGGAGGCUCUUGGGGCGCCACCUCCACCCGGAACGACUCGCGCCGAACUGCAGGAGUGGCUCAGGUUCCACAAGAAGAAGUGGAAGUGGCUGUUGGCGCAGCGCAGCAAACACCGCGAUCCGAGCUCGAAACGAUCCCGCAGGGAUGAUGAGGAAUCGCAGCUGGCAUCUUCGUCCGGCACGAUGCGGCCGGUGGCCACGCUCGGCGGUUUUUUGAGGAAGACCCAGCGAUCGCUGAUCGAGCAACCCUGGCAGGUGAUUCAGGUCAUCGCGACCGACGAAAUGGGCCACUUUACGAUUUGGGCGAUGGUCGGCGAGGAGUUGCACAAGAUUAGGUUGCUCAUUCCGAGGAUCUUUUAUGUGAACCAACGUACGCCGGCACCGCCGGAGGAAGGGUCAAUGUGGAAGAAAGUGCACCGGAUUCUGCCGAGGGCACGACCGGUGUGUCACUUGUAUCAGUACGUGGUUCCCGAGCAGGUCUUUCGGGAUAAUCGACUGGGGAUGUUGGCUGACUUGGCCACGCCGGACAUCGAGGGCAUUUACGAGACUCAGAUGACGCUCGAGUUUCGGGCCAUCAUGGAGUUGGGUUGUUACUGUGCCGUGCAGCGUUCGGAGGCGCGCGCUUUGGCCUCGCUGUCCACCAAGGAUCUGGACUCGUUCAACAUCCAGCAGCUGGAGAUUCGCAGCUUUGAGGCGCAAUAUCUGCGGGAUGGAGGGAAUCUGAGGAAGAUCUUCCUGUAUCAGCACAGCGUUCCUUCGAGGGAGAGACGUGAGAUGAUUGGGGACUGUUGUCGGCCUACAAGGACGAAGCGUGGUCCAACGAUUCUUUGCGUCCAAACGGCACUUGGGCUGCAGAAGUUGAACCAGCUGAUUCCGGUUUGUUUGGAGUUUCCGGAAACGCAGAUUCAUAUCGCGGACGACGCUUCGUUGCUGUCUGGGCUGGAGUGGCAGCGGCAUGGCGCUCGGUCCAUGGUUCGGCACUUCCUGAACCUGAACCACGUGGUCGAAAUGAUGCUGGACCAGUGCCGGUACUUCCAGCUUCCGAUUGGGAACAUGCCCGCCGAUACGGUCCUCUUCGGAGCUGACCUGUUCUACGCGCGACACCUGCUAAAGAGCAACUUUAUCUUGUGGUGGUCACCGAGCUCCCGGCCGGAUCUGGGAGGUCGCGAAGCGGACGACAGUCGGCUGCUGGCCGAGUUCGAGGACAACAUCUCGGUCGUGCAGAAUCGCUCGGGCUUCUACGGCACGGUCUGCGUCGAGUUGAGCAUUGAAAGUUUAGCAGUGUCGGCGCUGCUGCAAGCAGGCAAAGUUCAGGAGAUGGAGGGCGCUUCCUCGGCGAUCACCUUUGACGUAAUUCCCCAGGCGUCGCUGGACGACAUGAUCAGCAACCAGGGCGGCGUUCAGACGCUUCCAAGUUACGACGAGACGGCGCUCUGCUCGCAGGCGUUCCGCGUGAUGCGAUCCAUGGUGAACGGGUGGCUCCGCGAGGUCUCCAUCAACCGGAACAUCUUCUCCGACUUCCAGAUCAUUCACUUUUACCGCUGGGUCCGUUCGUCCAAAGCUCUGCUGUACGAUCCGGCGCUGCGACGUGCGCUGAACACGCUGAUGCGAAAGCUCUUCCUCCAGAUCAUCGCCGAGUUCCAGCGACUCAAAGCGGAGAUCAUCUACGCAGACUUCAACCGAAUCGUGAUCAACACGGGAAAGAAGGCCGUGAUGGACGCCAUCGCGUACACGGACUACGUCGUGCAGAGCAUCCGCAACAAGGAACUGUUCCAUAGCGUAUCGCUAUCCUACCAGCAGUCCUGGGAGUUUCUGCUUUGGAUCGACUCGUCGAACUUUGGCGGAAUCCGCGGCAAUCCGCAAACGGGCAACGACGAGGAUGUGCCGCAGGCGGACGAACCCGAGGAACUUUCGCUCGAAAUGAGCUGGAACAUUGCGGAGCAGCUGCCGGAGGAGGGCAACUGUCGCGUUUACUUUGAGCAGUUCCUGAUCAAAUAUCUGGAGUCGCUCGCGGACGGCGUGGCGGCCCAGAAAACGAUCAAGAAGCUGUCGCACGUGGCGUACGAUAUGGUGCAAAAGAUGCACAAAAACUACGGCCGCGGCAAGGAGGGCCCGGCGCUCGAGUUCAUCAAGGCCCUUUGCAAGGUCCUCGCGGUCAACAAGGAAAUCGAUGAAGAGCUGACAACCCUGCGCCGCAACAUGCUCCUUCUCGUUGGCAUCGGUGACUUUAGCGACAAGGCCGUCUGGAAGGACCCGCUGCGUUCGUACGUGCUGGCCGAGGUCAUCUGCAAGGCGUGCAACCACUGCCGCGAUCUGGACCUGUGCAAGGACAACCACCGGGCGCUCAAGGACGGGUUGCCGGUUUGGCUGUGCGCUCAGUGCAACGUCGACUACGACAACGUGGACAUCGAGAUGCGCCUGCUGGAUGUGGUCCAGCGGAAGAUGAUGUCGUACACGCUGCAGGACCUGCGCUGCAACCGGUGUCGCCAGAUCAAGCGGGAAAACAUUGCGCAGUUUUGUCCGUGCGCCGGUGCUUUUGAAAAUCUGAUUUCGGCCGGCGAGCUACGUCGGCUGCUCGGCACGUUCCUGACGGUGGCCGACGACCACCGGAUGCCGCUGCUCAAGGAGACGAUCGAGCACGUGCUGAAGACCAAUUAAACAUUAACUCUUUUAGAAAUAAAAUAAACUUUACUCACCUUUCUGUUAAACAAAAA